AAUAUAACCUCAGAGCACAGCCAGCUGAGGGGUCCGGUCAGCGGCCACAGUCUGAGCUGUAAAGGAAGUGACAGGCACUAACUCUGCUCUCUGGAUUACCUUUUCUUCACGUGUUUGGAGGAGCACCAUGAUGAAAGGGGAAGAUUCAGAGGAAGUAGAGAUUGACUUGGAGGACGCCAGUGGUUCUGAUGAAUAUGACAAUGAGGGGGAACCUGAGACUCUGUGGAGGGCCCCUCCUGCACUGGAAGAAGAGGAGAACAUUCAUACGUCUACACUGGUGGAAAUCAGUGACACCAAGCCUCUGAUUAAUGUCAGAGACCCCCGAGGCAUCAAUGACUGUCUCAAGGUGUCAUUUGAGGAUGUGAUUGCUGAGCCGGUGUCAGUGCGCAGUGGGGACAGAGUGUGGAUCUGGAGUAAUGCCCUGUUUGAGGUGUCUCGGGUUUGGGCGUACAGGAUAUUCACAGUGCUUCUGGCCAUUCCCGUUUCAAUUUUCGCCGGACUCCUCUUCGCCAUCCUCAGCUGCCUGCACAUCUGGAUGGUUGGUCCUUGCAGCCAGUGUAUCCAGAUCGGCACACGCUGGCUGCAGAGGAUGUGGAACAUUGUGCUGGACAUCAUUGUGCGGCCCACCCUCACGAGUGCUGGGAGAUGCUGCGGAGGCUUCAGCAUUCACCUUGCCAAAGAAUGACACUUAGACAUCUAGACUGGGGUUGUUCGUUACACGCACUGGUGUUGUAGUCGACUGAGCUGAAGUGGGCAUUGACAUUUGAUUCUUUAAUAUAAAAAAUAAAAUGAUUAUAAUGACAUGUUUUCCACAGUUUAGAUGCUUCUGAUCAAAGUCCAGCAGCAUCUGCUGGUCCUUUUUAAUGAUCACACAAGGCUCGUGACAAGUUCAAACAAUAAUUUGGACCUGAUACAGUGACAAAUAGAAGGUGAUUUAAUUUUUAACUUCAUCCGCAGAGGGUGAACUUUCUUUUUAGUGAGUCAAAAAGAGGAUAACAAUUCUUAAUAUCUGAAAUAAGAUGAAGAAAACACAGUCUCUUUAAAACCUUUCAAAACAGUGAUUGAUCUGAGGAAAAUGAGAAAGAUGAAAGUCCCUCUUUUUGUUAAAGCAGUGCUUUUUUCUCACAUUGGGGUUACAGCUCUGUAUGAUUUUUACAAUUUGAUUAACUUCAGCAUUGACUGUAAUGCAAAUGGAUUGUUGUAUCAUCUUUAUGUCAUAAUACUGGGGUUUGGGUUUAUAUUUUGGUAAAAAAAAAAUUUAAGCUCCAGGAACAAAAAUUUAUGAGAACCUAAUUUUAAUUACAGAAGUUUAGGAAUGUCAAACUAUAAAUAUUUAGCUCAGGAGAAAAGAAGAAAUACUUCAAAUUAUUGUAUUCUUAGGGGAAGAAAUGGCAACAAUAGAUAUGGAUAACUAAUUACUCUCCACUUUAUACUCAUCAUUGUGAUUUAAACAGAUAUUUAAACCACUGUCUGUUACAACACUAUUGCAUGGAUGAUAUUAAGGUCAGCAGGACAGGGGAUAUACAUAUGCCUUAGAAGAAUAUAUGAUGGACUCCUUUCCAUGCGAAUGGUGGGUGUGCACAUGUUGUGCAUGUUUCUGUACAUGUAUUGGCAUAAUACUAGGUUUUUGUUCAUAUUCUGUUAUCCUAUGGACUUUUGGAGUUUUCUGUUUGUGUUCCUUGUUUCAUGUUAUUCAUUCAUGUUUAAUCUGCUUCCUGUUUUAUUUUGUAGAUUCUCUCCUCCUGUGUCGUGUCUGCUUUUACUUCCUGUCUUUGUGUGUUUUCUGUCACACCUGUCUCGUUAGUCCUUCCCUGUUCCCAGAGUCUUCCCUUCACACCUGUACUGGAUUACUCUUGUUUGCUCCACCCUAGUGUUCCCUGCCACACCCUUGUUGUUUGCCAGUCCACAUUUCCCUCAUUUUGCCCGUGUUCACCUACUCCAGCUGUGUCUUGUUGUGAUGUUUUCUGUGUGUAUACCUGUGUGUUUUCCCUUUGUUCCUUGGCAGUUCCUCUGCAUUCAUUCCUGUGCUCAUCCCUGUGUUCUUGGUGUUGUUCCCUGCUCUGUUUCCUGCCUGGUGUCUUGUGUUUUGUUAAGACUUUUUACCUGAGUUCAUCGUAUUGUCCCAGUUGGUUUUCGGUUAGUUUUGGUUCUUCUGUCAUUUGGACUUUCUGUUACCUACAUCAGCUUUAUUAAAGCUUGCUUUUUGUUGAAAACGUCAA